AUGCCAACUGGGGCGAAUGUGAGGCGUCCACGUGGGCAAAACCCAGUCUUCUUUGUGACGAAGCGUCCGUUGGCUGGCUGCGAUGGUCUCGCCUCGGUUUCCGACGUGGCCGCUGACUCCAACGUCUGCCAGCCGCUGGUGGGCGUUGGUGGUGGCGCGCCCCCGCCGGACGCCCACGCAGGCGCAUCGGUUCUCCUUCCGUCGGGUGUCUUGACAACCGCUUCGGACCCGUGUCGUUCCGAGGGACACCAUGGCACCACAUCGGUUCCACUGUCACAGCACGAUCCCGGCUCGUGUCCCCACGAACUCGAAGACAGAGAUGCCACCGAUCAGCCCGGUCGUGUUAACUGCGAGUCCCAACCCGCGACCAGUGUUCCACCCGCGAUGGUCGCCUCCUCCACGUCCGUCCAGACGUCCAGCUCGGAUCCCUCGAGGGCCCACAACUCCCAGACCCAGCCGCCUCCCCUCCACGACCAGGCCUUCGUGGAGAUGCUCGACGUGGGUUCCCUGGCGCCGGAAAACGCCACCUGCGCGUUCUGUGAUCGUCACGACUACCUCCACCGCCUCGACCUGCCCAACUACCUCACCUCCCCGUGCUACCACUGCAGGGAGAGCCUCGCUCGCGAGGCCAAGAUCAGCCCUGAGGACCUCUUCGAUCUUCAUUUGCAGCACAACGUGCCGUGGCCAGCGUACCUGCAGGCGCGUUUCAACAUUCCGCCCGACGGUCGCGCCCUCGACGACCUCAUCGCCUACGACUGCCGAUGGCGCGGUCGUGAGCCCUGCACCUGCCUCGGCGACUCCGCUCCUAUGCCGCCGUGUGUGGAGUUUCCGUGGCUCUACGAGCACACCACCACCACCGCCGCCUCCGCUCCGCACUCACCACCGCCGCCGCCGCCGCCGCCGCCGCGAACGUCGCUGGAACCCGAGGCCGCAGAUCCGGCAUCACCCACACCCACUCCCACCGCCGAGGCCAAACAUGGAGAUGCAGAUGUUGCAGUCGCACCACCGCACCCUAUGCCACCCGAAAUGACGGCCUCGCGGACCCACCAACACGCCCCAUCGGCUGCCCUCCCGUGUGCCUCGCGCCACGGGAGAGGCACCUUAGGGCCUCCUCAAUUCUGCAAUCCGAUUGGCUGUUCCAAGGACGCCGGGCAUCAGCCUAUCAGCAUCGAGCACCGACACUUGGUCGCACAAAAAUCGAUGUCCGAGCAACCGGCACCGGUCAGCGAGGCGCAGCAACUGUAA